CGAUGGUAGCACACUCCAGCUCGCCACAUGCUUCCCCCACCGUGACUGCAUCUUUCGAGACUCCAGCCUACCGGUACAGCUCUUUCAGUUAUACUCAGCUCACAUCGAACCGUUAUGCAACACCACUGCCUUCUCCUAUCUCCUUUGCUACCCCAUUCGCUCCACCUUUCAGUGAAGCAUCGAUCCUCCUGCCCACAGGUGUCACCUACACUACCUACAGCCUCGAGCCCACCACAACGGCUGAUCUCGGCUCGGAGACUGAGUAUGACCGGGAAGCAUACAAUGAGCUCUGGGCGUCGUUAUCCUACUCUUCAGGGCCUCCCUUUACAACGACAGUCUCUCCUACCCCGGUUCCAAGCAGUGAGCUGGUAUUUCCACCGGCUCUGACUCCGUACCUGGCGAACCCGGAAAAGAAGCUUCCCGAAAACUUCAUCUGGGGCGUUGCAGGCAGUGCAUGGCAGAUUGAAGGAGGCCUUCAGCUGGGAGGCCGAGGACCAAGUAUUCUAGACACCAUUGGCGCACUCCAGUCGAACGACAGUGCUAGCGAUGCCAAUGUGGCCACCAUGAACUAUUAUCUGUACAAACAAGACAUUGCGCGACUGGCUGCGCUGGGUGUUCCCUACUACUCGUUUUCCAUCUCCUGGAGCCGCAUUGUCCCUUUUGGAGUGGCUGGAUCGCCUGUGAAUACCGAGGGCUUGGCUCAUUACGAUGACGUGAUCAACACCUGUCUGGAGUACGGGGUCACCCCUAUCGUGACCCUGGUCCAUGCCGACUAUCCGCCGUCUGUGGUUGCGGACAUGGGCAAUUUGACCACGCACUAUCUGUACUAUGCCAAACAAGUGAUGACUCGGUACGCCGAUCGGGUACCAUACUGGGUCACCUUCAACGAGCCCAACAUCUCCGUGGGCAGCGUCGCAAAGUCAUACAGUAUUCUCAAGGACAUACUCCUCGCACACGCUGCCGCUUACCACUGGUACAAGGAGACCCUAGGCGGCACGGCUCAAAUCACCCUGAAAUUCGCCAACAACCUCGCGCUGCCUCUUGACCCGACCAACAACACCCACACCACCAGCGCCCAGCGCUAUCAGGCCUUCAUCCUCGGCAUCAUGGGCAAUCCGCUCCUCCUCGGCGAGCAGAUCCCGUCCGAGGUGCUCAGCACCCCCAAAAUCACCAUCGACGCGCUGACAGACGAGGAGCUCGCCACGGUGAAGAACACUGUUGACUUCAUCUCCAUCGACCCGUACACCGCGCAGUUUGCCUCUCCGGCGCCCGAGGGCAUCGAGGCUUGCGCCGCCAACUCCAGUAACCCGCUCUGGCCGUCCUGCGCCACGCUCACCAACGUCCAGGCCAACGGCUGGCUCAUGGGCGAGGCGUCCAACGACUACGCCUACAUCGCGCCGCAGUACGUGCGCCAGCAGCUCGGCUACCUCUGGAGCACCUUCCGGCCGAAGGGUAUCCUGAUAUCGGAGUAUGGCUUCAACCCUUUCGCCGACGCCAACCGCUCACUCAACGCGCAACGCUACGAUCUCGAGCGCACCCUGUACUACCACUUCUUCCUGCGCGAGGUCGUCACGGCUAUCCACGAGGAUGGCAUCAAUGUCGUGGGCGCGCUGGCGUGGAGUUUCCUCGACAACGACGAAUUCGGCAGCUACGCCAACAUGUACGGCCUGCAGACGGUCAACCGCACCGACGGACGGUUCGAGCGCCAGUACAAGCGGAGCUUCUUCGACUACGUGGACUUCUUCCACCAACAUAUUGCAUCUUGA